UCCGAACCUUGUAGCAGCUUUCCCCUCUCUUCUUCUUCUAGUUCUUCUUCUUCUUCUUCUUCAUUUUCACUCUUAUUCUAAGACACACUCACUCACCUCUUACUUGUAUAAAUGACCACACACACGCGAAAAACACGCUAAAGCAGGCUGGAAAUUCUGGAUUUCGGAUUCGAAAAUUCGAAGUUAUUCUCAAAGUUCAAAAAUAAUUGAAGCAAAAUCCUGCAAUUGAAGAUUAGAUUUCAGAUCUAAAAUUCUAAAGAAAAAGAGUUUUAGACAAAAAAAAGAAGGGAAGUUGUAAUUUGAGAGAGUAGCUUCAACUCCUUCUAGUUUUGACGUCGAUUCUCUGGGCUUGCUAAGGAGUUCCGUCGUUGUCAAGUUUCGGCUCGUUUGUCGCUGGUCUGUUGCUGUUCUUUUGUCCCAGCUCUGUUGAUUCACGAGUUCUGCCAUCAUUUGGUUAUUUUGAGGUCUUCAUUUGGCUUUUGAGGGCCUUCUCGCGUGCACCUCAACUAAUUCCACCUGUUACCUGCUACCUCCCACCAGCACAAGCAUCAGGAUGUUUGAAGGGCUCGUUAGGCAACUGAUAUUGGGUUAUCUAGGCCAAUAUAUUAAGGACAUCCAAAAGGAGCAGCUGAAAAUCACCUUAUGGAAUGAAGAAGUAUUAUUAGAAGAUGUGGAACUUAUUCUCGAGGCUUUCGAUUAUCUCCAGUUGCCAUUUGCUUUGAAGAAAGGUCAUGUUGGUAAGUUGAGUAUUAAAAUUCCGUGGAAAAAGCUUGGCUGGGAUCCUGUCAUAAUCAGUUUAGAGGAUGUAUUAGUGUGUGCAUCUCAGCGGGACGAGAAAGAGUGGAGGAUGGAUGAAGUAGAGAGAAGAGAAUUCGCUGGGAAAAAGGCCAAACUUGCUGCUGCAGAACUUGCAAAAUUAUCAAGACGAGUAUGUGAUAGUCGGGCUGGAAACUCAUUUACGUCAUACAUUACUGCAAAGGUCCUUGACAACAUCCAGUUGUCCAUCAGAAAUGUUCAUAUUCUUUAUCGUGACAUGUUGACCUCUUCGGCAGUAACUGUGUUUGGUAUGAAGCUGUCAAGUUUAACAAUUAUGAGGCAGCUAGUUAGUGGGAAAAUGAGAGAUGGGCGUGUCAACAAACUUGUUGAAGUAAAAGGAUUGGAACUCUACUGUAGUACCUUCCAAAGUACUGAUGAGGUGAUGAGAGACUAUGCAGUGGAUUCUAACAGUAAGGGCAGAGAAUCGGAAGCAAAUGAUGACAAAUAUAUGUUGGUCCCACUAGAUGUAUCUUUGUCUCUUUCGGUGAACCGUUCAGGAAGGCUUGAGAAAGAUGUUCCGCAAUACUUCUUAAGUAUAGAGUUGAAUAAUGUGGUUGUUUCUCUGGAUGAGAUUCAAAUACAACAAAUCUUGAGCAUUUGUGACUAUUUGCUGACAUGUCAAUUGAGAGAGAAGUACGGACGGUUUCGUCCUUGGUGGAGUCCUUUAGGUAAAAAGCUUAAAGGCUGGCAAAUAGCAUGGUGGCAGUACGCACAGCAAUCUGUUUUACUGGAUGUUCAACAGAGGUUGAGGAGAACUUCUUGGAAGUACCUUGGAGAGAGGCUAAAUCGCCGCCGGAAGUAUGUGAACUUGUACAAGAUAAAACUGAAAUGCCUUCGACAAGAUCAGACAACAUAGCUUCCAUCGAGCUCAUCCAACAAUCAAAGGCAUGUAACUGGAAAAUGAAUUCUUCUUUCAGUCCCCUCCUUUCAAAUAAAAAAGAGCACUUCUUUGCCAACAC